UGCCGGGAAUACGUCGAACAUGAUGCAAGUGCAGCAAGUUUUAAUUCAACUUUUUUUUUUCGCUCCGUCUUUUUUUUCUUACUUGCAUUUUCCCACUAUGCAUGGCUUCAAAGAUGCUGACUGACUUUGAUGAUAUAAGUGAUGAUAAAAGAGGUGUACUACAACGACAAUUCGAAGCAUCACCGUUUGCCCAACAUGAGCAGGAUCGCCGUCCGAUCACACUGGAAAUCUUUGACUUUGAUUCCACUCUUUUCCUCUCCCCACUACUAAGUCCUCAAAUGUGGCAUAGUUCGCUUAUCAAGUUGAUUACCACGGAGAAUCUCUUGGGACCGGGCUGGUGGCGAGAUACUCGUAGUCUGGAACUUGGCCCCCUUGAUGAGUUGAAGAAAUCAGCAUGGGCCAACUUUUGGAAUGAAAGCGUGGUAGAAAGUGCUCGUAAAGCGAUACAAGAUCCAAACAAGCUUGUGGUGGUAUUGACAGGACGACGGUACCAUCCGUUUCACCACCUUAUCGAUGCCAUGCUGAAAGCCAAAGGGCUGCAAUUUGACAUUAUUGGACUACGACCGGACCCUGAAUCCGAUGAUGCUGAUGAACUCGGAUUCAAUACCCAGCCCAACGUAUUCGAUACCACGAUGGAAUUCAAGUCACUUUUCCUGAUCAACAUGCUGGCCAAUGUACCAUCACUCGAAAAUGUCAUUAUGUGGGAUGACAGAGUGUCCCAUGUGCGCUGGUUCAGAAACUACAUGAAAACGAUGGUGGCAGAAGGGCUUAUCAAACAUGGACAAAUGAUUGAUGUACACGCGGUGCGACCGAGAUACAAUCCGAAAUGGGAAUAUGCGGUUGUGAACAACAUUCUGGAAACGCAUAACAAAGCGAUUCAAUCACUGAAACACGAUGACGAGAGACGACGUGCUUUGGCAAGCACCGCCGUGGUCGCUGAUUGUAAUGGGACCACGGUGUCUGCGCUGCACCAAUUUCGACUGACGCGUAUCCCAUCUGCCACAAUUAUCAAGUUGUCGCCCGAACAUGUCCAACUGGUCAAAUCGGCAUUUCAAAGACAAUACACAUACGAAAUCAGCAAACGAGAACGACAACUGAAACCAUGGGAGCGACAUGGAGCGGAAGCCUUGGAAUUUUUUGGCAACGAAGUGAUUGUCAGUCCUUCCACGCUGCCAGCCGACAAGAUACCUUACGGCGGCUUGGGAGCGCCUGUCAAAAUUCAUGUGAUAGCUACCACGCGAGCAUCGUAUAAACAGGGGAUGGUUCUACUCGUCUCUGUGGAAAGCGCGCAUGACCAAGGAGACUGCGGAAAACAUAUUCUUCCACUGUGGUAUAAACCGUCGUUCUACACACAGUUAUACCGUCAAUCUUAUGUAUGGCAUAAAAUCAGUCGAAAUCAACAAAAAACACUUGACGGCACUGUCGAUUACGCUCGCCCCUGGGGCGUCCAAGUAGCCGACGACGAUAAUAAUUCAUAGAUCAUGCAUGCUCUCCAAAAAUUAUUCCGCACAACUUUUGUACCAUCAAAAACCAUUUACAAGUAUCGUUUGCUUUCAAAUAAAAAUUUUAUAUCUCGCCUUG